AUGCCCGUCUGCCUGCGUGACUGCGUCCGCGCACACAGCGGCCGCCGCGGCAAAGACACCGUUAGCUUCGAUCGGUUCCUGCCAACGGCUACGCGCGAUCACCAGCACACACAGGGUAGACAGCACCCAACAGGCAGAGACAGCCCAUUGGCUGUUUUCAUCCCCUUCGAGGGGGUAGCAGGGGGCAGGAAUAGGUGGCUGCCCCGAGGCUGCUACUUAAACGUCUGUGCGUCCUCCCCCGGCACACCCGUUCACUCGGCCUCCUACCGUUUGGACGUCUACUUUUCGUUUCCACUGCAAUCCACAAUGUCUGAAGAAGUGAGUUUCCUUGCCUUAUUCACCUAGUUGUGCCAGUCGCUUCUAAAAAAAUACUGUUUUCCCAUGCCGUUCACAAGGAAGCCUGGGUUUAGGUGCAUGUUUCCUCCCACUUUUUUCCAAGGGCAAUUUUAGCUAUGUGGAUACCAGUUAAAGGCGAGGAUUAUCUUCCUCCGAAAGUCAUGCACAGGCAUGGUGUAUAUUUUAGGCAAGGUGGACUUUAUGGAACCCUUGGUUCUGCAUGUCCUUAUAGAAGAUCGAGCAUUUUUCCCUAAUUUACCGCUUCUAGAGAUUCGACUGAUAAGUCACAUAACCCCCCUUGCGCCAGCCACUUGUUGAAAUCAAAAUCCCUAUUGAGUGGGGACAAUAUCUCAUAAAGUAUUGACAUAUGGAAAUCUUUUCUGAUUAGGGCAACAAAGUAGAUGUGCUAAUUCAUUAAAUACUAUCCGAAGUCCUGAGAUGCUUUUUCGACUCGGAAAGGUCACCUAAGUAGGGUUGCAGUAUUACGUACCUUGCAGCAUAUUCCCAAUAAAAUUUUCAGUAACUUCAGGACGCCGGCUUUUAAAUCUGCAUCUUUCCGGCAGCCUGUAAAAACCAUAUUUUGCCAAAAAUGACUACUUAUGUAGUAUACAUUUUUCUCAUUGAUUUUCGACGUUCUUAAAAAUUCAAUUAUAUUUCAAGUAAAGCAUGUAAAAAAUUACCCAUUCGGUAGAAAACUACAUUUUCUUCUAAUUUUAUACUCAGAGAAAAGGAAUUAUUUGGUCUUUAAAAAGUUUCUAGCCACGGGAUUUUUUUAUGACCGGGAAACGCCCGUUCAUAGAGCAUCAUGUUUUUGUAUUUAUUAGUGUUGCUUGUAAAGUUUACAGUAUGACUCAAAACCACUGCAAAAAUAUAUGAAUCCCGUGUGGUCUACCCUCAGUAACGUUUGGAAAUGCAUGGUUUUCCGUGCACGGAAAAUAUGCAGCUUAUGGUUUGGAAACCCUGAAUACGAGUGUAACGGCAGGUCGGGUCCAACAGUAGUCUAGAAUUCGAAAAGUUUUUGAAGACCAAAUAAUUCCCUUCCUUCAAUUAUACAAUUUAAAGAAGACGUAAUUUUCCCCCAAAGGGGUAAAUGGAUGAACAUUUUUAUGCAUGUUUUCUAGGUAAUAUAUUUUAAUUUAUAAAGCCAUCGAAAAUCAUUGAGAAAAAUUUAUACUAAAUAAGUUGCCACUUUUGACAAAGUAUGAUUUCUGCAGCCGGAAAGAAGUAAUUUCAAAAGGCGGCAUCCUGAAGUAACUGAAAUUUUAUUGGUAUUAUGCUGUACGAUGUUUAAUAUUACAACCUCACUUAAGUGGCCUUUUCGAGUCGAAAAGUCAUUUCCCCAUUUCGGUUGAUACUUCAUGAGUUAACACGUCUACCGUAGCUUUUUAUGUUUUGCUUUCAAUUCAAGAUCCCAGUAAGACGUAUAAAGUACAAAUGCGUGUAUGCAUAAAAGCAGGACUCGACUUGCAAUUCUGUCUGUUCCCGAGUACAGCAGCAAUCAAUCUACAGAAAUGAUACCAGUAACGGGAUAUCUAAGAAUUAAUUUUUAUAAUCAAAGAAGUUUCGCGUAUAACACCAUAAGGGGCAGUGUGUCUAAAAACCGUUAACAAAUUUUUGUAUUUGACAACAUUUUGCCUUCUAGGCCGCCGCUGCACCGCCCCCAGAAGAGGUAAGCCCUUAGCCUCGUUAUCGCAAUUGCAUGACACAGCGUCCCACGCUUCCGCCAGAGUGCACAGUUAAACAAAUGCACACGUAUUUAUCACACUUCCUAUUGGUCGAUUCAGCAAGGCUUGGCUGACUGCCUCCCGCUCGCCGUCUUCUACUUAUUUGAUACGUCCUCUAAUAUUGACACAAGUAUAUUUAUUCAGAUGUGAGCAGUGUUCAGCUAACGUCCACCCCUGGAUCGCAGUCGUUUUCUUUAAAGCCCUGCAAUAUAAAAUUUUGCAUUUAUCAGUCCCAGACCGUGGUUAUGACCCUCUCGGUGAAGCGAUCACAGCGGAAGAAGGAAGCGGAGGUCAAGUCCGUUUAUGACAUUUGCGUACCUGGCUCAAAGUCGGGCGUUCCUCGUCUCUGUGCAGGUUCUUACACUGUAACGUAAAAAGCCCGUUUCACAUACGCGUCCUUCACGUCCAGAGUUAGGUGACAGAAGUAGUCAACGUUUUGCUCGGUUUAUUUUGUUUUUAUUCAAAAUUAAAAUUAAAACGUGUGUGUGUGAAAAUCAAGUAAGUAAGUGCCUGCCUGUCCCCGAAGAUAUAUGGCCCAGGGCCAGUUGUCCAGCUUAACAAAUGCACGCGUGUUUAUCAAAUUUCCCCGAGGUUUAGUAAAAUGCUUAUGUUAGCAGUUUCCCGAUUAACUUCCACGUCUUGUCAGGCUCUCACAAGCCCACUGAUUCAAAAGCGAACAUAUAAAUGUGCAGCGAACAUGAACGCUGUUCACUUAGAACACCUAACUCACAGUGGUUGUCACCUGAACUUGAAAACAUAAUCUUUUAUUUUUUCAAGGCCAAACACUAGUUAUGACUUUCUCCGGGAACAGGAAAUUUACCCACUCCGAUUCCAGCAGAAAAACUUCCAAUCAAUCUGUGAUCGGAUAUUAUCCGUGAAGCAUGUUGGGAUUCAUUUCUCCAAUCGAAAACGCUGAAUGUUCUGCUCGCAUAGGAUAACUGCCAUAAAAUUUCUAUAUUUGACAAAACUUUACUUUCCAGACCAUCGCUUUAGCACUCUCAGAAGAUGGACGUUCGCACACUCGUUGUCAAAGUUGCACGACGCUUCGUUCUACGUUCUCUGUAGUGCGUUCAGUUAAACAAAUGCACACUUCUCUAUGGCAAUCUCAGUUGGAUGGUUCGCCGAGGUUUAGUAAAGUAUCGACAUACCAAUUCCCCACACAAAUGCAGCGCCUUACAAAGCCCAUACAAGAAAAUUAAAUAUUUUCGCGUAAAUGAUUGGAGCUUGCGGAAAGCACUCGCAUUCAACCCGAUAAGCAAUUUUGUCACUCAAGUCAACCAAAACGAAUGUGCAUCUGAGAGCCUAUACCUUAAGUGCCAACUGAAAACGACUGAAUUAAAUGAAAUGUUCGACUUUUUCCUCCUUCGUGAAAAAAAACCAUUGGACAUUUAAAACGAAUCGGCUGCUGCAAUUUAUCAGGUAAAGUAAGUUUUCGAUCAGAACGCCCGAAACAACUGUUCUGAGGUUCACUUCCUCGCAGCCGCAAUUCACGAUGAUUUUAUGGGACGUUGACUGUCAAUAGACCUUGAGUACUACCUUCACGCAUAAAGGUUGCACGUUGCAUGACUUUGUUAUACAUAUAGAGUUAUUCUCUCUUUUCCAAAAAUCUUAUUCUAUCCAAACUUCCAUCGAUAGCCCUAUAUGACCUAUGGUCUAUUUAUACUGUUGUUGCGUGUUUUGCUGUUUGCUUAGCCGCUUCGCUCUGUUUAUGAAUAUAUAUAUAUAUAUAUAUAUAUAUAUAUGCAGUGAUGGAUGACAGGCUCCUCGCAAAUUGUUAAUGUGCUAUUUGUAAGUUCUCCGACAGUCCUUUUUUUCCGAAUAGAACUUUAGCACCCAAAAUUAGGGCUUCGCGGUUCGUCUGUUUUUAGACCCUCGAAAGGAUAAUCACGAUGCGUAAUAGUACUUUUAGACGUCAACUGGUUUUUCUGAUAAACCAGAAAUGUGUAGAUAUUACAAGGUUAUUACGCAGAAUUUUCAUUGUACUUCCACCCCUGAUUAUACAAACACAUUUAUCUCUACGACGUCUAACUUAAAGUCCUACCUGCAGUACUAGUCGCUUUGUGACUACCUGAGGGGUCCUACAUAGGGCCCCAAGGAACAACGGAACGAGCGGGUUUCAUAACCCGAUCGGUGAAUAGAUGUUUGCCAAAUGCUGUGUUUAUUCCCGGUUUACGUGUUUUCCACCUCCUUUUGUAGAAGAAGAAGCAUAAGAAGAAGAAGGAGGAGAGCGGAGAAGAUGGCGAGAAGAAGGAGGGUGGCGGUGGCGGAAAACGCGCCCAGCGAGCAACGUCCAACGUCUUCGGCAUGUUCCCUCAGACACAGAUUCAGGAGUUCAAAGAGGUGGGUUGCUCCCCCGCCGUUUAACCAGCUGCAUCUUUGCACCUAUAGGCCUUUACUCUGAUCGAUCAGAACCGCGAUGGAUUCAUCGACAUCGAGGAUCUGAAAGACAUGUAUGCCUCCCUCGGUAAGCUUCUGCUUCUACUUCUCAUCACUUUUUAAGGCCGAACACCUUCGGACAAGGAGUUGAAGGAGAUGCUUGACGAAUCGCCUGGUCCUCUCAACUUUACCAUGUUCAUCAACCUCUUCGGUGAGAAGCUCAACGGUAAGUGGCACCGGCCCCGUUGUCUUGCAGGGCAGGGUUUGUAAGAUGUCCACAAGGAAUACUCUCUGAUUAAUCAAUGUAGAUCAUAAGUAGUAUGGUUGAAUUUUGCCCAGUUUGAUAAAUACCAAGUCUGAAUAACUGUUCCGGUCCGCUAAGCUUUCGCAAAAUCGUCAGAUAGACUUCGCACCUUUAAUUCGAUGAAAAGCAAUCGUUUUGAAUUUGACCUCCGGGAAUACAGAUGUCUUUAAACUCCUUCCAUUUUCCGUUCCAGGCACAGAUCCCGAGAGCGCUCUCAUGAACGCUUUUGCCAUGUUCGAUCCCGACAAGAAGAAUUUCAUCUCCGAGGAAUAGUAAGACUGUGAUUAUUCAUUAACUCACUACUUUUAGCCUUAAAGACCUCCUUGAAAACAUGGGUGAUAACUUUUCAGCGGAAGAGGUGAGUUUGCACAGUCUUCGGGUGGUUAAAUUUAUGAAACAUUUGCGGGAAUCCCAAAAUGUGUCGUUGCUUAGAAAAAUUCAUCUAGGCGGAGCUACAAUACUGAAUAUUCUGUAAACUAAUCUCAAAGUAUUUCAAUCACGCCAUGAUGCCGGCUUCCAAAUGCGUGUCUUAUCGGUCGUCUGAAAAAAUCGUAUUCGCAGCAAAAUAGCUACUUAAGUAGUACGCAUCGGCUCCAUCGCUUAGCUGUGCUCUUACGGAUCUAAAUGUGUUUUAUAUAAAUCAUGCAUAAACACAUUUUUUAUCUUUAAAAAGUUGUUAAAUUCCUAAACCGUCCUUGGACUCGCGUUUAGACUUUCCAAACUACUAGUUGUGCACUUUCCCUCUAAGGAAAUAUACCAUUUAGCGCUUAUUUAAUUCUGCGGUCUUAAAAACCUCGUGAUUGCAAACUUUUUAGUCGAAGUUUACCCUUUUUGAAAAGUAAACAGUUUAGUAAAGACGUUAUUUACUAUAACACUAGCAGAAGAAAGGAUAUGUUUAUGCGGGCUUUAGAUAAAACAAAAUUGAAUUUAAAAGAGCAUCUACAAUCGAUUGAAUAAUGCCAUAUUAUAUAAGUAGCUUUUAUUUGGCUAGGAAAAUUCUCGCAAUCGACCUGAAAGGCACGCAUUCGAAAGCCGGCAACCUGGCGGCCGAAACAUCUUGAUAAACAAUAUCACGAUCCUACCUAAGUAUGGCUGUCUAAGCGAAAUAAAUUUUCAAGAUUUUAAUUAUUCUUUUUUGAGUGAUUCACGUACUGUAGAGUAUUAGUUCGCGCUGCAUAAACGCAUCAUUUUGUUAUACUCCAGAUCCGCCAAACAUGGAAGGAGGCGCCCAUUCAGGCCGGCAAGGUGGACUACGAGAAAUUUGUCCACCUUAUCAAGAGAGGCAACGAGGAGUUAUAG